AUGCAUUUUUUUGUGCUGCCCGUCCUUUCCAAAUAUAAUGUAAUCGAACGAGAUGAAGAAAAGUACAUUAUACUAGUCGCAAGAAUGAAAAGAAUGGCCCUGUCGACGAGAAAAAAAAAACACCCGCGCAAUACGAUAAAAAGCAAAAUUCUGAAGACCAGAAAAAGGAAAAGAGAUUACGAUGAAGUAUAUAAGGAUUAUCUGAACCAACCGGACCUUCCGUACGAUGAAGACAAAAAGGGAGGCGGACAACAUAAGUGCUACGCUUGCGACAUUUAUUUUAUAAAUGACGACGCGAAGAAACAACACGAAAAAACGAAGAAACACAAGAGGAGAGUGAAAAUGCUUAACACAGAGACGCCCUACACUUAUAAGGACGCCCUGAAGGCUGCCGAGAUUGCCCUGUAA